CGGUGGUCCCUCCACUUUCACACUCAGCAUCAGUCACUCUUCCUCCUUCAACACCGGACGACAGUCAUAGGAGCGGCAGAGGAACAUGUUGCUGCACAAACUGUUUGUUUGGAUCCUCUCAGUCGUCUGUGGCACCGAGGUGGGUUUGGGAUUCGUUUACGAUCGUCCCAGACGCUCCAGAGAAGACGGGACCUCGGCCAGGACCGAGUCUCGUCCUGCGUACGUUCCGACCUCUGGCUCCUGCAGGAACAGGUGUUUCGAGCUGGUCGAGCUUGACCCACCCAACUGUCGCUGUGACAACCUCUGUAAGACCUACAACAGCUGCUGCUCUGACUUUGACCAGCUCUGCCUCAGGACAGAGGGGGGAUACGAGUGUCGUAAGGAUCGAUGUGGGGAGACUCGGAAUGAGCAGCACGCCUGUCACUGCUCUGAUGACUGUCUGGCCAGAGGAGACUGUUGUACCAACUACAGGGCACUGUGUAAAGGGGACACUUCAUGGCUGCAGGACGAGUGUGACGAGAUCAAGACUUCUGAAUGUCCAGCUGGGUUUGUGCGUCCACCGCUCAUCAUCCUGUCGGUGGAUGGAUUCAGAGCGUCUUACGUGAAGAGAGGAAACACCGUCAUACCCAACAUCGACAAACUCAGAACGUGUGGAACCCAUGCUCCAUACAUGAGACCUGUCUAUCCGUCCAAAACCUUUCCCAACCUCUACUCCCUGGCUACGGGCCUCUAUCCAGAGUCUCAUGGUAUCAUUGGCAACUCCAUGUAUGACCCAGUGUUUGACGCCACCUUCACCCUGAGGAGCCGAGAGAAACUCAAUCAUCGCUGGUGGGGAGGACAGCCGAUCUGGAUCACGGCACUCAAACAGGGACUGAAGGCUGCCACUUUCUUCUGGCCUGUUGGCAUCUCAUUAGAGAGGAGGAUACUCACCAUGUUGCAGUGGCUGCACCUUCCUGAGGGUGAAAGGCCCUACGUUUACGCCAUGCACUCUGAACAGCCGGACACAUUCGGACACAAAAUGGGCCCCAUGAGCGCAGACCUGAACAGUCCUCUGAGGUUUAUUGACAGAAUCGUUGGUCAGCUCAUGGACGGACUGAAGCAGAUGAAACUGCACCGCUGUGUCAACAUCAUCCUGGUGGGGGAUCAUGGUAUGGAGGAGGCUCACUGUGAUCGCACCGAGUUCCUCAGUAACUACCUGAACAACGUUGACGACAUCAUCCUCGUCCCCGGCUCCCUCGGCAGAAUUCGCUCCAGAAACCCCAACAACCCUAAAUAUGACCCCAAGGCUGUCGUUGCAAACUUAACAUGUAAGAAAGCAGACCAGCACUUUAAGCCGUACUUGAAGCAGCAUCUUCCCAAGAGAUUGCACUACGCUCACAAUCGACGCAUUGAAGAUAUUCAUUUGCUGGUGGAGAGGAAGUGGCACAUCGCCAGGAAAGUUCCUGAAGGGAAGAGACACUGUGGCUUCGCUGGUGACCAUGGAUAUGACAAUAAGAUCAACAGCAUGCAGACCAUUUUCUUGGGAUAUGGACCCAUGUUCAGAUUCAAGACUAAAGUUCCAGCCUUUGAAAACGUUGAGCUGUAUAAUGUCAUGUGUGAUCUGCUGGGAUUGAAACCAGCACCCAAUAACGGGACCCAUGGCAGUCUGAACCACCUGCUGAGGAGUCCCGUCUACAGACCCGCCAUGCCAGAGGAGGUUUCCAGACCACUAGUCACUGAUCUUGUUCCUGCGGGAGCAGAUGACCUGGGCUGCAACUGUGAUGACAAGUUGCGUGUAAAAAGUAGGGGCCAGAGAGGUUUGAAAGUGACCCUUGUACGAGGCUAUAACCUGGAGUCACUCUGGCUCUGUCUCUUACAGAACAAAGUGGAGGAGCUAAACCAGCGACUGAGGCAAGCUAUUGAUGACAACAGGAACCUGCCGUACGGUCGACCCGCUGUGCUCUUCCGUACCAAAUACUCCAUCCUCCACCACAGCGACUACAUCAGCGGCUACAGUGAAUCUCUGUCUAUGCCCCUGUGGACGUCAUUCACUAUCAGCAGACAGGUGGAGUCGUCUCCUCUGCCAGACGCUCUGUCCAACUGUGUGAAGCCUGACAGCAGAGUUCCUCCAGCCUACAGUCAGUCGUGCACCAACUACAGAGCAAACAAACACAUCAGCUACGCCUUCCUGUUCCCACCACAAUUAUCCUCAACAAUAGAUAAAAAAUAUGAUUCUGUUCUCAUCACCAACACAGUCCCCAUGUAUCCUGCUUUCAAGAGAAUAUGGAGCUACUUCCAGCGAGCGCUGGUGAAGAAAUACGCCACCGAGAGGAACGGCGUGAACGUACUCAUCGGGCCCAUAUUUGACUACAACCAUGACGGCGUCAGAGACUCAGCAGAGAAAAUUAAAGAGUACAUAAGUGGAACGAUUCCCAUCCCCACUCACUAUUUCGUGGUGCUGACCAGCUGCUUGGACUUCACGCAGGCGGCGGACUCGUGCGGCGGCCCUCUCAGCAGCGCCGCGUUCAUCCUGCCGCACCGAGCCAGCAACGAUGAAACCUGCAAUAGCUCAGAGGAGGAGGCCCGCUGGGUGGAGGACCUGAUGAAGAUGCACACAGCUCGGGUCAGAGAUGUGGAGAUCCUGACGGGCCUGGACCUUUACCGCAGAACCACCCGCAGCUACGCCGAAAUCCUCUCGCUCAAGACCUACAUGCACACGUACGAGAGCGAGAUCUGACUCUCCCCGUGUCGCCGAGCUUCUUCAACCUGUGGUGGAUGUUAUGUGGUAUGAGCAUGAGAGAUGUGAGCAGAUGUCUCUGUUACACUGACUUACGCUAGCUUUGGCCUCCAGGUGGCACUGUGGCUGCCACCUGCAGUAUGUUGUUGCACCCUUUUUGCUGAGCGUUUUUGGUUUAGUCUCAUUCAUUUAAAGACACAGCUUUAACACUACUGAGCUCCAACGCUGAGGUACCGCCCACUAUAGUUUAACACAUUUCCUCCUCGCUCUGUUAUUGGUUCAUGCUCGUCAUUUUAGGGACCAGUGUGUGGGAUUUAGUGGCAUCUAAUGGUGAUGUUGCAUAUGGCAUCAAGAGACUAUGGUGGCCUUGAAAAAGCCUCGUCUAGAGCCACUGGGCUACUAUACAAACAUGAUGGACUAAUAUAAUAUUAAGGGGCUGAUUCCAAGGAAAUAACGCAUUAAAGCAGAACUUUGCAGCAGAAUUCUGGAGCUCCGCCUUGUGUCCACCCCUUUAUCACUCACUGUCGUAAAAACCCACCACUGACACGCCUCCCUCCUUUCCCCUCUCCAGUCUGAUGUUUACUCAUGUGUGGCCCCCUCACCAAGUCAAACAGUCAUUCCCUCUUCCUGGCUUCCUGCGACAAAGUUUUUCUCUGCCUCUUUUCCGCCGGCUCUGCCAUGAAUAAAUAACGCUAACACUGACCUUGAUCUUUUAGACCGUACUUGGCUGGGACACAAAAGGUCAUGACUGGUUUUCCGCUAUCAGACAGUGGGGGUGGAGACAGCUGCCCAUCCUCUCCCUGUAACAAGACAUCACAGUCAGUAUGUUUACAUGCAAAAUUUAAUCAAGCUAUGGCCGUAGUCUGAUUAAGAGAUUAAGACAGACAACUGGACAACAAAAGUCAGAGUACACCAGCGGAGGAGAAAAUCGAUUUAUUGGCUGUGACUCCGCCUCCGUAGGUGGCGCUGCAUCUCUCUAUAAGCUAGUGCGUAUUAAAUCAGUUUCCUGGAAGUAAACAGAAAAACAAACAGCAAGUGAGAUGGACUGUGCUGUGGUUCAGUGUGUUUAGUACUUGCUGCAUCAUCAGUCCAAUAGUGUGUCUUCUCCUCAGCUUCCCGCUCUCGCAGACACCUUUGUGUUGUUCUUUUUUGGCAACAGUACCACCAGUUUAUACUCCUUCUACUUCCGGGGUCAAAGGCCACCGAGGAAAUUUUGGUGCAUGUGCAGAAUGCGAAGUCCGACUGCAUCCGACUAAACGUAUACAUGCGGGAGUAAUUGGACAAUUCAUAAUCCAGGUAUGUUAAUCAGAUUUACUAAAACUAGCUCGAUUGUAGUCGGACUAACGUGUUAACAUGACAUUACAUGUCUGACUAAAAUCAGACUUUUCACAUGCAUGUAAACACACUGAGUGACUCUAAAGCUGUUACUUAAGCUUAAAAAUCCUGCAUAGUUCUGCUUUAAUGAAGACACAAUUAUAAUAGUUGUUUUCAAUUUUUGUUGAUAGACCCUCCCCCAAAUACUACACACUGGCCCUUUUAAUUACAAGUGAAUAACAUUAAACGGAAGGAAACCUUGGUAGCACAAAAAAUGGUAGUACAAUAUAAGCUAAAUGAAAAUAAAAUAAUAAUAAUAAUGAUAAUUUUGAUACACAUGCCCAAAUUCACAAGUCCUGUCUAUACAAACUAUAAUUUUUCUUAGUACCAAAUAUUUACAUUCCAGUCGCCUUUUAAAGCACAUUAUUUCCUGUGUGAAGUAAUUUUAAAUCCACUCUAAAAGGGCAGGAUCAUUAAAGUAGUGCAGUAAGCACAUUCAUGACAUUAACCCACUCUGACAUUAGGUUUACUCAUUUUUCUAUGUCUGCAUUCAGCUGCCUUCAUUUAUUAUUUAAAUGAAAAAUAAUGCAAAUUGUUUGUGUGUUUGUGUCCAAUUCCAGAUAUUUGUUAUUUUGUUGAUUUGUGUCUGUGUUGUGAAUUUUUUUUUGUUCUGUGCACAAUCACAUGUUUGUCAAUGCUAAUGAUUUAAGAUUAUGAUGUGUUGUCAUUUUUUUGUUGUCCUCUAAAACAUUUACCACCUGUGAGACUGUUCUAUUUAUGCUUUAUGUGAAUUUCAACCAAAAUAAACAUGUUUUUACUACGUCA